AUGGCUUCGCCGCACACCGCCAACAUGUUCCGCUACCUGAGCCCCAAGUCCCUGUCGACGAUGCACCAGAUGGAGACGACCAUCAUCCCCAUCUCCAUCGCCUCAGACCCCGUACCGCCACCCGCGGUGGCCGAAGUGACGAUUGCUGACUCGGAGACCGUCAUCGAUAGGAACCAACGGACGAGGAACCAGUUUCGCCCGCGCGUGGGCAAGGGCGGAUCGGCUAGUUACCAGCUUCGGCAGUAUGCUGAGGUGACACUCGGCGGCGGCAGCCUGCGCAAGGUUGUCAAGCUCCCAGAGGGCGAGGAUGAGAACGAGUGGUUGGCUGUCAACAUGGUGGACUUUUACAACCAGAUCAACCUUCUCUACGGAGCCAUCACCGAGUUUUGCUCGCCGCAGUCAUGCCCGGAGAUGAAGGCCACCGAUGAGUUCGAGUACCUCUGGCAGGACAACGAAAACUACAAGCGCCCAACCAAGAUGCCAGCUCCAGCAUACAUUGAGCAGCUCAUGACAUGGGUGCAGUCCAAUAUUGACAACGAACAGGUCCUGCCCAGCAAGAUUGGUGUCCCGUUCCCCAAGUCAUUCCCAGCGCUGGUCCGCCAGAUCUUCAAGCGCAUGUACCGUGUCUACGCGCACAUCUACUGCCACCACUACCCCGUGAUUCGCGAGCUGGGUCUGGAGCCUCACCUCAACACGAGCUUCAAGCAGUACGUGCUCUUUGUGGACGAGCACAGCUUGGCGAGUGGGAGGGACUACUGGGGCCCCCUUGGAGACCUGGUGGACAGCAUGUUGAAGAGCGACUAG